AUUUGAGUGUGCAGCUUAUUGAACGGCGGCGAUUAGUUGUUAAAAAGAAGUUUAUUCUACGGCGGUGGAGAAAAUAUAAGAGAGAGAGAGAAAGGGAGAGGUUGACUGAACUACUACAAUGGCUGUUCCAAGAGAAGGCAAUGGUUUGAUGGAAGAAGAAGUUGUUGACGGAGAUAACGCUCUCUUUGAGGAAAACGGUGUUGACUACGACAACGAUCCCGAGCUUCCCUCUCACCUCCGUGACUUGGCCGCCGCUGCUCAAUCCGGUGACGUUUCCGCCUUGCGCACUGCCAUCGACAAUUUGAAUGGGAGAGUCGAUGAGCCUCUUGAGGAUAAUGACUCGGCACUUCACUUGGCGUGUUUAUAUGGUCACCUACCUUGUGUUCAGCUACUCCUAGAAAGAGGAGCGAAUAUGGAGGUCAAAGAUGAAGAUGAGGCAAUUCCUCUACAUGAUGCUUGUGCUGGAGGAUACUUACAAAUAGUACAGCUUCUUUUUAGCCGAGCUAAUGGUCCCGAAUGUGUGAAGAGAAUGAUCGAAACAGCUGAUAUAGAAGGUGACACUCCUCUGCAUCAUGCAGCAAGAGGCGAACAUGUUGAUGUGGUUAGAUUUUUGCUGGGUUCUGGGGCUUCACCAAGGACAGAAAACUCAUAUGGGAAGACAGCAGGUGAAUUAGCUGAUAUAAACACUGAUGCAAGGAGGAUCCUCGAAGAAGCUAUAAACAACUCAACAAUAUCUCAGUGAUACUGCAAAUCUGCAAAAUCUAUCUGCCUUUUUUGGCGAGUCAGUGAAGUAUUAGGGAAGUGACAUUUUUUUUUAUUGGGUUUAACUCGUCUUAAUCCUAUACUUUUUGGUAGUUUUAUUUACAUACAAAGGUUUCAAUCUGAUGAUACCAAUGAAUGAAGAAGGUUCGUGUCUGUUUUAAUCAUGGAAUUAUGAUCAGAUUGCUCCAACGUAUAAUCGUAUACAUACAGAGCAAGACAAUGGUCUUUAGCACUUCAAGCAUAACCUCCUUAAGUUUUGCUA